AUGGUGGGCAACAUCGGUGUCAUCACCACGACUAAUGGUAAACAAUGUUCCUACAUAAUGCUUUGUGGAGUUGUCAAAGUAUUUAGUGUUACGUUUUGUAUAGUAGAGGCAACGGCAUAUAUAAGCGCGGUAGCGGCAUUUGCCGUGGUCGUAUUGGUGGUGCUGCUGUUUCUCGGGAGGCGGUGGUGCUACUCCGCCGUCUUCGGGCGCAAGUGCUGCGAUGAUAUCCUCACCGUCAACGCCGCUGUGACAUCACCCGGCCUUCCUCUCGACAAUGCUCAAUUUGAUGCUUUGUCGAAACCGAACCAUUAUCCAGAACGCAUAUUCACGUUUGAAGCCUCCGACUCAGAUGAAGAGCUGCGCUUACGCAUACAACAGGAUAAAGAAGAGGUGGAAUGUAGAUACGAGGAGAAGAAUGAGAACCAAACACAAGCAAACGUGGAAGUUGAAGUCGUAGAAAACGCACUGCGGAAGACAAGCCUUCGGGAGACCAAGAUUGACGAGAUUGUGCCGCAGCGCGCUGAGUACAUCCAUACCUUGGAAGCGCAGAGCAGCGUCGAAAGUGAUGUCAUCGCUCACAAUGACACGUCUUUGCUUUGCGGAGAAAGCGGCAGCUCCCAAGAGCGUGGCUCCGUGGAACUGACGUUACUGUACGACGCGCCUGUAAGAAGUAUGACUGUGCACGUAUUACAAGCACGCACGUUGCCACAAAAGACGCAAGGACAAGUGCUACAAAGUCAGGUUCGAAUUGUGUUACUACCAUUGAAGAAACAAAAAUAUAAGUCGAAGAUUCGCAACGGAGAAAACCCUCAAUACAUGGAAAGUUUCGUCUUGCAUAAAAUUAAUCCGGAGGAUGUUCAUGGUCUGGGACUCCGUAUUAGAAUUUACGGAUGUGAACGAAUGCGCAGACAGCGCCUACUUGGUGAGGCGACCGUCAGCUUCGCCUCACUUAAUCUGGAACUGGAGAACAACCUGUGGUUACAGUUGACACCUCGUCAGCAUCAUCAGCCUAGCUUACAACUACCGAAGUUAGAUCUGAGUCAGUCGGUGCCUGGCGUGUUGGCGUCACCGUCAUCUAUGGCAACGGUGUCGCCGGGCGGUGAGGCGUGCAGUCUAGCGCGCUCUGACUCCGCAUCCUCAUGCUGCAGCACACGCUCAGCUCCUGAACUGCUGUUAGGCUUGCAGUACAACCCCACCACCGGACACCUAUCCGUUGAGAUCAUAAAAGGCACCCAUUUCCGUAAACUAUCUCCCAACAAGGCGCCGGAUACGUACGUUAAGCUGUGCCUCAUCAGCUCACUUGGCAUGGAGAUGGGACGCUGUAAGUCUACCACGCGCCGAGCUCAGUCCAACCCGCUCUACAAGGAGCUAUUCAUAUUCCAGGUGGCUCUGUUCCAACUGACAGAGGUGACGCUGAUGGUGUCGGUUUGGUGGCGGCGCAGCGUGAAGCGCAACGAGAUGGUCGGGUGGUUCUCGCUCGGACACAGCUCCUCCGGUCGCGAGGAGGAGCGCCACUGGCAGGAACUGUGCGAGAGACAGGGCCAACAGGUAACUAUAUACUACUCGAUCGUUUGUAGCAGCCAGUUUUUUGGGAGCUCUUAUUGA